UAGUUGUCGAGCCUGAUCCCACUUCAUGACACUUUCCUUCUCACUCAUUAAUACGAUAGCUAGUGCCGAGUUAAAUCAUGGUCCGAUAUCUAGCUUCGUGUCUGCUGCUGUUAGCAAGCCGUGAUGUGGCGUUUGCGGUUCAAGACCGUGUGCUGCAAGAUGGUACAGUCAUGCCCUCCAUGCUGGAUACAACUAGUCUCCCCCUUGUAACGGAUGCUCCAACAUUGGUGGACACUCCCCCAUCAACUACUGGCCUUCCUAUGGAAACUGAAUCUCCUGCUGAUUCCACUGAUGAGCCCACGGAGAUUGACCCUGCAACUGAGGCUCCUACAGAAGAAGGGACCAUUGGAGAGACAGUUGCUGGCAGCGACGUUGUCCUGAAUGUAGAGAAAGCUGGGGAUGGCACAGUAGCUCCAACAGGAGAGGGCACUCUAUAUCAGACUGCGGCCGAAACCCCUGCUGAAACUGUGGUGGAAACCCCUGCUGCAACUGUGGCAGAAACGCCCGCUGAAACUGUAGUGGAAACUCCUGCUGCAACCGUGGUGGAAACUCCUGCUGCAACUGUGGUGGAAACACCUGCUGCAACUGUGAUGGAAACACCUGCUGCAACUUUGGUAGAAACACCUGCUGCAACUGUGGUGGAAACGCCUGCUGCAACUGUGCCUGAAGAGCUUGGAGAUGCCCUUGAUGAUCUCGGGGAUGUUUUGGAAGAUGUGAUUGAAGACGAGGCUGAACUUCAAACACCACCUCCUACAGAGACUGAUGCACCAGUAUCUGACACGAUUGCACCAACUGAGAGUGAAACUGUGGCAGAUGUCGUCACUGAUGUGCCUGCCGAUGAAGAAACAAUUUCACCCACCGAAGGAGAAACUUUGGGAGGAACCGACGACGCGCAACUUACAUCGCCUCCUGACGAAGGCGAUGAAGGCACCGGCGAUGUUUUCCAAGGCCCGCCCUUGUCAGACGCCGAGUGUUCGCCAGAUGAUCCUUGCGGAGAGUGUUUCGGCGAUUGCAAUGUCGACGAGGACUGCGGAGAUGGCCUUGAGUGCUUCAGACGUGUUGGCCUGGAAAACAAUCCAAUUCCGGGAUGCUCGGGAACUGGAAACCCUGGACAAGACUACUGCUACAAGCCCGCAGCAAACCAUCUACGAAUUCGUGACAUCCAAUGCUCUGAAUCGUCCCCCUGUGAUGCAUGCGAAGGAGAUUGUGAUUCUGACUUCCAAUGCAAAGGUGACCUAUCUUGCUUUCAAGCCAGCCGAGGAGAGUCCACUACAGUACCUGGAUGCAUUGGAACGGGAUCAGUGGGCAUUGAUUUCUGUUACAACUGGAAUGCAUGUGACACGGACAGUGAUUGCCCCCAACUGCCCUGCGAUAGUGAACCAUGUGAUCAGAUUGUAUGCGAUGAUGGAGAGUGUGUUGCAGUGGAGGCAUGUGGUCCGAACGUUUGUGGUGCAGGAGAAUAUUGCUGCAACGAGUCCUGUGGUAUCUGUUCUCCCCUCGAUGGAGGCUGCAUUCAGAGUAUCUGCGAGCCAUGUGGCCCCACCGUAUGCCAGGGUGGAGAUGUCUGCUGCAAUGAGUCUUGUGGUAUAUGCACGGCUCCGCAGGAUCCCUGCACUCAGCAAGAAUGCAUCGAUGGUGAAGAGGAGGAGGUGUUGGAGGAGGAAGAGGAGGAAUUGGAGGUUGAAGAAGAAAAGUUGGAGGCGACCCUAGAGAAGCCACCGCAGACAAUCUCGGUCACUUACAAGGAUGGCUCAAGAUUUCUGAGAGCUUAAGAAGUCCACGUUGGCUGCCAGACCUGCUUGCCUGUGUAUUGGCAAACUUGUUUCAUUAGUACAUUUACUACAAUAGAAACCAAGAGGCUAACCGUCAUUGGUUGCAUCUAACUCACUUUUCAUAAGUAAUUAAAGCACAGCCUUAUCAAUCC